UUAAAUUUAAUUUAAUUUAACAGAAGAAAAAUUUCCCCUCGCGCAUAACACCCACGUCUUGUCUUGCCUUCUAGUUUCUACAGGAGGGCAGAAUAAAGCAGUCUCUUGUUUCAGCCUCUCCAAACUCGAAAAAAACCUAAAGACCCAAUUACCACGCCAUGUCUCAGGUGGAUAACAGAAAUUCAUCAGCAGCGAAGCGCGUAAGAACUGAUGGUAGUUGCAGGGAGGAUGAUUGGAAUUGUCCAAGCUGUGGCAAUGUCAACUUUUCAUUUAGGACUUCUUGUAACAUGUGUAAUUGUACCCAGCCUAGGCCAGCUGAUCAUAUUUCAAAAUCUGCUGCCAAGCCCCUGCAAGCACCGCAGGGUUAUUCAUCAGCUCCUUAUUUAGGUUCUGGUGCACCUUCUUCAAUGUAUAUGGGUGUGCCACUAUAUGGUUCUUCUCUCUUCAACGGGUCAUCUAUUCCUCCAUACGACGUUCCAUUUACUGGGGGCUCGGCUUAUCAUUACAAUUAUGGCAGCUGCCUUUCCAGUGGCACUCCAUAUAGACCGUUGCAUAUUUCAGGACCACCUCCUUAUUCUGGUGGAUCUAUGAUGGGAAAUGGUGGGAUGUAUGCAAUGCCCCCCCUAAUGGACUGGUAUGGAUUAGGUAUGCCAAUGGGCCCUGCAGCUAUGGGGCCAAGGCCAGGUUUUUUCCCAGAUGAUAUAUCUCAGAAGAAGGGUUCAGAAGCAUCACGUGAUAAUGACUGGACAUGCCUGAAAUGUGGGAACAUCAACUUUUCUUUUAGAACUGUUUGUAACAUGAGGAAGUGCAAUACUUCAAAGCCAGGGUCCCAGUUUGCAAAGUCUGACAAAAAUUCCAAACAAAAAAUGCCAGAGGGAAGCUGGAAGUGUGAAAAAUGCAACAACAUAAACUAUCCAUUCUGGACAAAGUGCAAUAGACAAAAUUGUGGGGCUGAGAAACCAGCUGAGUCAAAGAAGUCCCCUUCGCUGGCACCUGAUGAGGAUGAUCAGGUUGACCCAGGACCCGGUGGCUGGACUGGUCCGAGUUUGUUAAAAGACCGGCCAGUGCAACUGCUUGGAAAAAUCCGGUUGACCUGGCGGGUUGACCCGGUCGACCUGGCCAUGAUCCAGUGCUUUAUUUUUUUCUUUUCAAAUCUGGUUUCUGUCCUUCGGACUCCCUUCCUAUUUCUUCAUCUUCUCUACAAUGAGCUGCUGUUAGCAAGGAAGAGGAAGAAGGGAGAGGGCAGCUGGAGGCUGGUCGAAGGAGAAAGAGCUGAGUCUUGAUUUAGCAGAGAUGGGGGAAGCUGGAGAUGGUGUCUUUGAGGCUGGACUAAUGUGUCGGUGGGCGGCGGCUCUGGUUUGGCCAAGAGAUGGAAGCGGCUGGUGAAGAAGGAGGGGCUCUCUAGUUUUGGCCAAAAGGCCAGGGUGAUGACAGAGAGAGGAUGAGGGAAGUUGUGGCCAGGCCUUUGUGGCAAUUGUCUUGGCCUGGUGAAAAGGGAAGCUUUGGCUGGUUCUGGGAGAGAAUCCAUGAAACACGGGUUGACCUACACUAUGUUCCCACACUUUGGGGCUUUCCUCGAAUCAAAUCCCCUCUUGUUGGGAAUCAAGAAACACAAAAGGAAGCUCUGGUUGUGCAGGCCGUGUGGAGGCGGGUUGUUGUAGGAGCCAAAGGCUAGUUAUUUUUUAUUUUCUGUGAACAUGGAUGAUGUAUUGUGGCGGUUUCGGUAUUAGCAGAGCAGUGGGGUAUGGCAGUCCUCGUAGACAGAAAAAGGAAGGGACUUAUUGAUUAUUUGAGUAAUUGUCGUUUGACAGUCGGUGGGAACAAAAGGGUUGGCUCUCAAGAUGAUGUCGCUAGCAAUGAUGGCAAAGGGUGUGCAAGCUGUUGCAGGUAGGUCUGAGCUGUUGUUUUUGCGGUUUGUUUUUGGUUUGUGGUGUGGUUUUCUUAUUGGAAUCUUUCUAUACAGUGAGGGGAGUGAUUUGAGAGGAAACUGUAGAAAAAAACAGUCUAAAUGAUGUUCAUCUUUGACUUCCUGCAUCUAACUUUAAACC